AUGGCCGAAGGCGUCUUCCGCAAUGUCGCCGACUCCAAUCCUAUCAUCGGCGAGAUCGACUCGGCCGGUACCGGUGCUUAUCACACCGAUGAGCCCCCCGACUCACGGACCAUGUCCACCCUACGCCGUCACGGCAUCACCAGCUACCACCACGCCGCUCGAAAAGUCACCAAGGACGACUUUCUGAAAUUCGACUACCUGAUCGCCAUGGACAAGUACAAUCUGCGCGAUCUCCUGGAUACUCGUGUGUCUGUUAUCAAUUCAUUGAACCGAAAAGCCGACCCCAAGUCUUCUGCCAAGAACACCCGAGCCGCGCGGGACGCUGCGCUGGGCGCUGCUGGUGACGACGCUAAGGUCGCGGAGGUUCGCUUGUUCGGGGACUAUGGUCAGGGUGGUAAAUUACAUGAUCGUGUUGGUGGUGGGGAGGUCGUGCAGGAUCCCUAUUACGGUGGUGCUAAUGGCUUUGAGGAGGUCUAUCAGCAAGUCGUGAGGUUCUCUCAGGGCUUUGUGGAUUAUCUGGAGAGUAAUGAGUAG